AUGGCUCCUUUUGAAGCUCUUUAUGGACGAAGAUGCAGGACUCCUUUAAGUUGGGAUGACAUGAGUGAUCGACUGAUAUUAGGUCCAGAAAUGAUCGAAGAAUCAAAAAAUAAGAUUCGAGUUAUCAGGGAGAAGAUAAAGAUAGCUCAAGAUCGCCAAAAAGGUUAUGCCGAUAAAGCCCGACGUGAAGGUCAAUUUCAAAGUGAAGAUUUCAUCCUGGUAAAAAGUAUCUCCAAUGAAAGGUAUGUCGCAGAUCUUUCUCAUAUUUUAUCUCCGAAUGAGUUAGAGCUAAAUGAGGAUCUUUCGUAUGAGGAAAUGCCUCUUUGGAUCAUGGACACAAAGGUUCAAACUAUGAGAAACUGA